AUGGUCUUUGGCAUCUUGACUGUCCCCGAGCUCAACUCUACAUUUGCCUUGAUAUGUCACCAGCGAUACUCGGAAAGCAAGAAUUCCUUGGAGCAAUCAGAAACUAAGGGCCCGGAUCUUUUCAAAGAACUUGACAAUUGUCUUGGGAACGAGCAUGCACAAACACAACUAUCGCAAUUUUUACUCUACCGCGAAAUAGCGUCCGGUCUUCUCGGUGCCGUUUCGACACCAGUAUUGAGCUCUCUGUCGGAUCGGAUAGGUCGCAGGCGAAUCCUUGCUUUUACCGCAGUAGGUCCUCUCAUAAAGGAGGUCUUACUUCUCCUUCUCCUAUGGUAUCCCGACUCGGUAGAUGUAUACUGGCUUCUCGUGGGAUAUGCCGCCGAGGGCCUUAGCGGUGGAUUUAUCGUCUCGAUGAGCACUUCACAAGCAUAUAUCACCGAUCUCGUUCUCCUUAAAGACCGAGCGAGGGUAUUUGGCUAUCUACAAGCUAGUUUAUUCUGCACUCUGGUUUUGGGUCCUAUCAUUGCGGGUGUGCUUCUUACAGCUUUCAGCUCCUUCCAGUUAAUAUUUGAGGUCGCGGUUUGCAGCCACUUACUCCUCGGCUUGAUCUUUCGCUUCGCCUUGCCGGAGUCGCGCCAAAGUUCUUCCAGUAGUAUGGUUGAUACAGAGCACCUAUCAGACGAAAACGGAAUUCGGUCGAUGUGGUCAUCACUCAAGUCGAUUCGUGCGUCGAGUAUCUCACGACGAAGAAAUAUGGCUAUUCUAGCCUUCGUGGAUUUCGUUGUCUUCGGUGUUUACCUAGGCAUCAGCCCGCUUCAGUUGGCGUAUCCAGGAUAUUUAUUCCACUGGACGCCAGCUAUCCAAAGUUUAGUGAUGGCUUUGACAUCAUCGUGGAGUGUCCUAGUGCUAAUCGUGCUAUUUCCCACGGCAAUGAUGCUUGUGCGUCGGCGUGACAGGCGAACUUCUAGUGUCUCUCUGCUCAAAUUUGGAGAGAUGGGUGCUGUCAAGCUCUGCUUGAUGCUCCAAGUUAUGGGAUACAUUGGCAUUUCUUUAGCUCGAACCCCUGGCGCUUUCAUCACCUCGUCUCUGGUUGUUGCAUCGUCUGCUCCCAUAUCUCCUCUUUUAACAUCCUGUCUUACCGCGUACGUGUCCAGUGAUCAAAUAGGUCAGCUACUUGGGAUUUUGAGCUUUUUGCAUGCGAUUUCUCGGGUUGUUAUGCCUGCUGUGAUGAAUGCUACCUACAGCAGGACUGUGGGCAUUUUCCCGGCACCGCUGUUUAUGCUUUUGGCAAUCUUUCAGGGCGUUUCAUUACUGGCAACAAUGGGUGUCAAAGCAGAUGUUGUUUAA